ACUUGUGUACUCCAGCAAUGCUGGCCUCAACCUGCCUAUCCCCUGCCUUCCUCCCUAUCGACACCGCCACACACGGCCUCUUCCUCUCCGGCAGCCCCGGCCGCCGCCGCCGUCUUCCGCGGCACAUGUCAGGUCUCGUCCUUCACGCCAGGCUGGGCGAUGGUGAUGGAGACGGCGGCGAUCUGUCCCGCCCGUCGCGACGACACGCGUAAGACGCAGCUUAUCACAUUUAUCAUCCGCACGCUACUGCUCAUGUGCAAGAUAGCCCGCGUGGCCGUCGCGCUGAUCCGCGUCCUGUACCACGUCGCGGUGGCCGUCCCCGUCAAAAGCCUCGUCGGCGUCGCCAAGGUCGCGUUCUCGCUCGUGAACGCGCCGUGCCUGCGGUACAUGAACCAGGCCGAGCUCGGGCGCAGCUACACGGGCACCUUCUUCGGCAACCUGCUGGCCGGGGCCAUGGCGCAUUCUUGGAGGCUGCUCGUGCAGGGCCUGACGUCGCUGGUGUUUCUUUGUGCCCAUGCCGAUGAGUAUGUGCGGCGGCCGCCGAGCCCGCUGGUGCUGGUGGCGCACGACAAGCCGGCGUCCCAUCCUCAGCAGGUCCACAUUUCCGUGGUCGGGGUGGACGGCAUGAGGAUUUCAUGGGUCACCGACGACCGGAGCGCGCCAUCGGUGGUGGAGUACGGCAAAUCUCCGGGCAAGUACACGGCGUCCGCGACGGGCGACCACACCACGUACCGCUACUUCUUCUACAAGUCCGGCGCGAUACACCACGUAACUAUGGGCCCGCUGGAGCCGAGCACCACGUACUACUACCGGUGCGGGAAGGCCGGCGACGAGUUCAGCCUCCGGACUCCUCCGGCCACUCUACCCAUCGAGUUUGUCGUCAUCGGUGACCUGGGGCAGACGGGGUGGACGGCGUCGACGCUGUCCCACAUCGGCGGCGCGGACUACGACAUGCUCCUCCUCCCGGGGGACCUGUCGUACGCAGACACGCAGCAGCCGCUGUGGGACUCGUUCGGCCGCCUGGUGCAGCCGCUGGCGAGCGCGCGGCCGUGGAUGGUGACGCAGGGCAACCACGAGAUCGAGACGCUGCCCGUGGUGGAGUUCGCUCCCUUCCUCGCCUACAACGCGCGGUGGCGGAUGCCGCGCGAGGAGAGCGGAUCCCCGUCCAACCUCUACUACUCCUUCGACGCGGCGGGCGGCGCGGCGCACGCCGUGAUGCUGGGGUCGUACGCCGGGUUCGAGGAAGGGUCGGAGCAGUACCGGUGGCUGGAGAAGGACCUGGCGCGCGUGGACAGGCGGCGGACGCCGUGGCUGGUGGUCCUGCUGCACGCGCCGUGGUACAGCACCAACCAAGCACACCAGGGCGAGGGCGAGAGGAUGCGCAGGGCCAUGGAGCGCCUGCUCUACGAGGCUCGCGUCGACGUUGUCUUCGCCGGCCACGUCCAUGCCUACGAGCGAUUUACGAGGAUCUAUGAUAAUGAGGCCGACAGCCGGGGCCCAAUGUACAUCACGAUUGGCGACGGAGGCAACAGAGAAGGCCUUGCUCUCAAGUUCAUCAAGGACCACAGGUCGGCGCACCUGUCGGAGUUCCGGGAGGCGAGCUUUGGGCACGGCCGCCUGAGGAUCCUCAACGAGACGAGCGCCGUCUGGACGUGGCACCGCAACGACGACGAGUACGCCACCGUCCGCGACGAGGUCUGGCUGGAGAGCUUGGCCACCGCCAAACCGGCCCUAGCAACAACCUCUGGUCGUCACAUCGAUGAGUUGUAGAUCACAUGCGGAAAGACAAACCAAAUGUAAUAACAUACAAAUACUGCUAAUUUUGGCUCAAAAUGUUUAAGACCGUUCGUUAUUGCCUUCAACCA